AUAUGUGAAUCGUGAGUAUCAAUAAGUUGAUAAAAUAAAACCAAUUUUAAAUUUGAGCGGCAAAAGACAAAGCGCAUUGAACGCAUCCGUUGUGAUGGAGCUUUUAUCGUCAGAGUAACGCAAUUGAAAAGCACAAAACAGCUGUCACAUCAUUGAGUCUGUAAUCUUGUAUGUGAUGUGAUAAAUGUUAUAUUCAUUGAGAAAAACGGAACGAAGGGAGAAAAAUAAAUUACACACAAUCAGUAGUCAUGGCUGUCUGAGGUGUACGAAGAAGUAUAUGAUUACAUCGACAAAAUUUUUAUUGUUUGAUUGAACAUGCAAUUACUCUAAACGGAUGUUAAUUCAUUCAAAAUCAUAUUGUGAAAUUUAUUUCACGCUCAGAAUCUCAAAUAUUAUUUGAAAAAUUGUGUAAACAAAGUGAUACAUUUACGCCCAAUUAUUGUUUACCAUUACAUCUAUCAAUCAACGAGCCAAAUUUUGCCAUAUGAUUUUUGUUGUUUUGUUAUGGCCAGUGUCGAAUUGUCAUUGAAUGUCUGACUGAAGAAAAAAAAACAUAUACAUUUUCAAUUUUUGCGUGAUUUCUCGUGUUUCUGUAUAUUUUUCAUCUUUCGUUUAAACUUUUGUUUGUUCGUCAUCCGUGCUACCAUUUUACGGUGGUUUCGGUUCAUUUUACCACUUUUCAACGCAUUAAAUAAAAAUGGCAUCUACAUUGCAACUGGAAUUUGCGCAAGCAAUGUCCGAUUUUAAAACAAUGUUUCCUGAUAUGGAACGAGAUGUGAUUGAGGCUGUGCUCAGAGCCAAUCAGGGAGGUGUCGAUGCGACCAUUGAUCAACUUUUAGCAAUGAGCACAGACAAUCAGAAUGAAAAAUUACGGAAUGAAUUAGAGCAAAGUGCCUCAAAUUCACCAGUGCAAUCGUCUCAAAAUCAUUCGGCUAUUGUGGAAAAAGAUCUAAUUGUACCAAUUAGUUCAACAAUUGUGUCAACAUCAUCUGUAAAUCGUGUGACAGGUGCAUCGCCAAAAGUAAAAUGUCCAUCAACUUUGGCUACAUCAUCGGCUAGCGCACGACCAAAUUCAACCAAUUCAAAUCGAUGGGAACCACCAUUAUUGGGUCCAUUGCCGCCAUCCUUUCUACGUUUAACAUCGAACGAAAAUCGAUCGGAUUUUGAAAUUCCCGAUGAACAAUUCGCAAUAAUGCUACAAAAUGAAGAGUUUAUGAACGAAUUGAGAUGGAAUCAAGAAUUUAUGUUAGCAUUAGAAAAGGAACAGCAGGAAAAAGGAAGCAAAGUUGACGAUUUAGUGUUUACAGAACGAUUAAAACACAUGGGCAAGCGAUCUCGCAAGAAAUUUAUGCAAUUGGCCAAAGUAUUUACGUGGCAACGGAAUAAAAAGCCGGGAGCCGUACGUCAUCCGGACUCAUUGCUUCUACAAGAAGAGCACAGCGAUGACGAUGAGCAACCGAGACGUAUACAAAAAAAAUAAUCAUAACCAAAAAAAAGCAAAACAUUUUUUCAAUGGAAUGGUUUGAAGAACAAUUUGUGACAGAAAGUGAUAUGGAAUAAGUUUCAAUUUGAAAUUGAAAUGCUUUUUUUUUUAAUUAGUUUUGUUUUAAGAUAAUUUGUCGAGCAAAAUAAUCGCAACAACAGCACAACCAAAGUAUAAUUAACCAGAAAUAUUUUAAAGAAACAACGGAACCACGUACAAAAGUUUGCAAGAUACGUAAACAAGCCCAUUAAGCAAGAUACGUAAACAAAAUGGCACAGCAUUUAAAGUCUAAAAACAAAAACUGAACCCGAAAAUAUUGAAAGUCAAACGAAUAGCAACAACGGGCUAAAAUACAGUCGAGAGAGAAAACAAUUUAAUUUUAGACAUAAGAAUUACACUUUACACCAAAAACACACAAACGAGUUUUUUUUUUUAAAUACAAGUGACUAUA